UGUACUACUAGCUACCAAAGACAACAUUCAGACCAUCUGAUGCUCAGUGUAUACUACAAGCUCGUAUUCUGAUUUAUUGCAAUUGAUUACGAUCAAGCCAGGUGGUCAGCAGACCCAGCACCAGAUUUGCAAAGCAAGCUAAACGUUGAAAUGAGAAUGGGCGGGAUGAACGUACCGCUGUUCCGGAGAAACCAUAUGGCUCAAAGUUCCUCCUCCCAUGCCAGACCCAUCACAGAUAAAGCCCAUCAUCAUCCGCGAAACCCACCCAACAGCUCUUUGAUUUCCACAACCACAGCAAACCAUGUCCUCGCUCAAACCACAAUUCAGAGAAGGCGAAGCCGAGUUUAACGUUCCUGCUGCGGGAAAGCCAUGCAAGACUUGGUACAAGGUGUAUGGUACACUGCCCCAUCCACAAAACCCACCUCUUGUAGUACUUCACGGCGGUCCUGGCGCGACCCACGAGUACCUUGACAUCCUCUCUGAGCUUACACGUCUCUUCGACGUACCCGUCAUCGUUUAUGAUCAACUCGGCAAUGGGCGCUCCACCCAUAUCCCAGAGAAGAACGGAGAUGUCGACUUCUGGACUGUGCAGCUCUUCGUCGAUGAGCUGCACAACCUUCUUAAUCACUUGAACAUCCACGACAAUUACAACUUACUAGGGCAGAGCUGGGGAGGGAUGCUGGCAGCAGAGUUUGCAACGCGCCAGCCGAAAGGCCUUGGGAAACUAGUGAUUGCUGACUCGCCAGCAAGUAUGAAACUGUGGGUUGAAGCCGCACAAGAGUUGAGGAAGGAUUUGCCCCAGGAAGUGCAGGAUGCGUUGAAUAAGCACGAGGAGGCGGAUACAACAACGGAUCCAGAGUACAUUGCCGCGACAAACGAAUUCUACAAGCGGCAUUUGUGCAGGCUCGACCCGAUGCCUCAGCCCCUUGUGGAUGCGCUCGCAUGGACAGAAAAGGAUCCAACUGUGUACUUCACCAUGAACGGACCGAAUGAAUUCCACAUCACUGGCUCUCUAAAGACGUGGAGCGUCAUUGACCGGCUGCCCAACAUUCAGGCAACGACGUUGCUCAUCAACGGAAGAUAUGAUGAAGCACAUGACAUGGUUGUGGAGCCAUACUUCAAGCACAUCCCGAAGGUGCGAUGGAUACAAUUUGCGGACUCGGCACAUGUCCCGCAGCUGGAAGAGACGGAGAGGUUUAUGCAGGUGGUCUGGGGCUUUUUGCGCGAUUGAUGCGCCUGGAAGCAAAGAAGCAGCGUAAAAGAAAUGGCGUCUGUCACAGAGAAAUUAAAGUGUAUGAUUGGGUAUGCAGCGGAUGUACAGAUAAUGGAUUGGAGCCUCCAAACUGCAAAUCUAUUCAUCAGUUCAUUGUCUGAUUUGUUGAGC